AUUUGUUCCGGUGUGCCUUGCAGUCCACAAAGAUGCACGCACCAUCCUGUUAGUACUUCGGCAUCUCGUCCGAUUGUUCCUUUGCUUUGUUUUUAUUCCACCGCAAACAUAGCCCUUGCAAUGCCCGACACAACGGUCUUCGUACUCGAUAACUCGUACUAUGCACAAAACCAGGAUUACCUGCCAACACGAUACAUCGUGCAGCUCGACAUUGUGAACUACGCACUCUCAUCCUCGUCCGAGAACCAUCACUUUGGCGUGAUACCGGUCGCUCAACAAACACCUAACUAUAUUCUCACACCGACCAAGAAUCGUAUGAACAUCAGGCAGUUCAUAUCCAAUUUAAAGUUCACCGAGGAGUAUAAAAUACCUGACAGCAUUUACAUUGCUCAGCGGUCAUUGCAGUAUGUGGAUGCGACCCAAAAACGGCUUGUCGUGUUUUUUAGCACGCCAUUGAGCGAUUUAACGCUUGAGGACGUGCUAAUGAAACUCAGAGACUGUGCGAUGAUGCGGUGUGCGGUGUACGUGUUUCUGUUUGGCGAUGCCAAGGACUACAAAAUGUUCCUGGACUACGAGCUGAAUGACAUGGGCGUUGUGGUCACAGUGGUUGAUACCGAGGACAAUUUCAAGAACAAGGCUAUGGAUGUGCUUGCUGGAAGCAGCCUUGAGGAAAUGGAAGAUCCAAACUUGGCACUUGCUUUGAGACUCUCAGCAGAAGAGGCCGAGAGGAAUAAGAAAUAAUAAAUGGUGUAUGCGUACAUAAUGCGUUGUCGUGCUUGCAGAAUGCAUCUCUUUUUACUUACAUUUCACGCACGUUCCAGGGGUGUAUCACACAUCCCCGUUUACUGCUAUCAUUUCAUACGCAUCGUCC